AAAAAUAAUACGAUGAAAAGUGAUGAUAGCUCGUUCUAUAGUGUUGUCUAUCAAGAUGUCUAUGAUCCACAUCCAUUGUCAACUGAUUUACCUUGUUCUGAAAAUGAAGUCCCUUUUAAACAAUUAAGGUUAUCUAUGCUUGAAAUAAUUAGUGGUGAUGAAGCAAUAGAGAAGAGUUUCAUGGAAUCAAACUGUUAAUCAUCCGUAUGGGCAAAAAGGGGAUCGAAGGCAUCCUUUUUAUUGACAAGCAUAACCAUUAUGAAGAGCAUGGUUGGAGUUGGAAUUUUAGGAAUUGUACUUUUUAUAGUUAUAUUAGCCAAAUGUGAUGAAAAAUUUUGGUGUAAUUCUAACUAUUGUUAUAAUGAUCAUUGUCUAUUCAUUAGGUAUGACUGCAUCUAGAGUAUUACUUAAAUGUAAGAAUUUGAGCAAAAAAAGUAAUUAUUCAACAAUUGGAUAUUUUAUAUUUCGUCACAGUUGGAUCAUUUACACAGUUAAUUUAAUUAUUACACUUUCAAAUAUAACAACAUGUUUAAGUGAAUUGAUGUAAUCUAAUAUUUAAUAGACUAGUAUUUUUGGAGAUGCAUCUUAAUUGCUAAUUAAGUUUUAUAAGGGAGAUGACUACGAUGUUCCAUUUUAUUUAUCAAGAACCUUCUUACUUUGCAUGCUAGGAGUCGUUCUUACCCCUCUCUUAAUUGUAAAAUCAAUAGAGAAACUCAGGUUUGUCAGUCUAACUGCAAUUCUAUCGAUUAGCACCUUUACUGGGUUGGCAUUUUACAAUUUCUUUACCAGAGAAGGAACACCUGAGGGUAUAUCAAUUUACUUAUAUAGGAUUUUCUUUGUUGAUUCCAUCUACAUUUAAUUUCAAAAAUGCAAUGACUGCACUUCCAACAUUGCUUUUAGCUUACAAUUGGCAAUUCAAUUUAUUCCCCAUCUUUAAAGGAAUGGAGGGUCCAACUGAUCAAAAAAUGACUUAUGCAAUGUUUACUGGAUAUUCUAUGGCAUCAUUCCUAUACCUCUGUGUUGGUAUCUUGGGUUAUGCCACAUAUGGAAAUAAUGUAUACUUAUAUCUCAUUAUGUCAAUAGAUCUAAACCAAUUAUUUAAAGAGUAUUAAAGCUUAAGAGGUUGGGUCAAUACUGUAUGUUAUUUUGAAUAUCACUUUUGUUGUUUCAACGACAUUAACAUUGCCUGUAUUAUUCUUUGGGGGAAGAAACAACUUCAUAUAAAUUUAUAAACAAUUAACUUCAGAGAAAAAAACUGUUUAAGAAGUUAAGAAUUAUAAAGAAUUCUUGGAUGAAACAAAUGCUAAAAGAUAAGAGAAACUUAUCGAAAUUAAGUUGAAAAAGAGAUCCUAAAAAGUUCGAUUUUAUUUGUUAACACUUCUUCUUUUCUUAUUAUUAAUGUGCGGAGCUAUCUUUUUAGAUAAUCUCACUUUGGUCUUCAAUAUCAAAGGAGCAGUUUUUUGUAAUUCAAUUUAAUUUGUGUUGCCAAGUUUAUUCUAUAUCAAAUUAGUAGAGAAAGUCAAGAAAUACCGAUUCAAAAGUAAAUAGAAGUAAUAUUUUUAUUAUGGAAUCAAAAUAUUAUUUUGUAUGAGUUGGGUAUUCUUGGUUACUUGUGUUGUAUGUGGAACUAUGGCAGCAGGUCAUUGA